AAGAUAUGUCAGUGACACAUGAUCCGUUACGUCGACUGUCUUCACUCAUGUCACAGCCUAGGCUUUGGUACGAGCUCGAUAGGACUGCCCGCCAGGUGGACAGAAACAAAGUCCUGGAGUAUAGGGAUGACAACGGAUUUAAUGUGCUACAUGUCGCAGCGUUUCACAAUAACGUAAAUGCAGUUGUCACAAUAUUUCGACAUUUUGAUUUGUCGACACUUUCCACUCAGGUCACAAGUGGCACUCACCCUGGUGAGCUGGAGGGUUGUACUGCAAAAGAGAUAGCUUUGAAGAGACACAACGAGAGAGUGGCAGACCGAAUUGAUUCAUUAAAAAAAACUGAUAGUGGAAUGAAUGUAAUCCACAAGGUUGUAAGGAGUCAAAACAUUGAUAAGUUAAAAGAAUUCUGCACUCGUGACCAUAAUUUGGUAAAUAUUACUGACUCAGAUAAUUUUACCCCGCUGCACUAUGCCGCCGGUGUAGGAUUCCUUGAUGGCGUGAAGCUGCUUCUCGAAAUGGGUGCAGACCUGAAUGCUGUCACAGAUGAUGGUGAAACAGCCCUGGGUCGUGCCUGUAGGAUGGGGUACGAUGACGUGGUGGAGUACCUCACUGAUCUACCGAAUAUAGACAUCAAGAAAAGUGUGGUGUCAGAUACGGGAGACUUAACGUGCCUCGAUGCCGCAGCGAUGGGUAACUACAAAGACAUAUACAACAGGCUGCAGCGCCAUGGUUUACCUGUGACCAGCAAUACCCUGGUGUGUGCUGCAUGGGGCGGUCAAGUCGAGUUAGUGAAAGAAAUAGCAACAAUGGUCGGAAUCGAUGUCAAUUAUGAGAACAAGCACGGGAACAUAGCUCUUUAUGUAGCAGCUGGAAAUGGUCAUGUAGAUGUGGUGAAGUGUUUGAUAAAUGAACAUAAUGCUGACCCAAAUAUUCAGAACAAGGACGGAAACACAGCUCUCUAUGUAGCAUCUGGAAAUGGUCAUGUAGAUGUGGUUAAAUGUUUGAUAAAUGAACAUAAUGCUGACCCAAAUAUUCAGAACAACGAUGGAGACACGGCUUUACAUAUCGCAGUUCUCAACAAUGACAACUUGGAUGUUGUGGAAUGUCUGUUAGAUGAAGGCGGAGCAGAUCCAACCAUCCUAAAUAACAAAGGCGAAAAUCUAGCACACAUGGCAGCAAAGAGUGGGCAAGUGCAAUGUUUAAAUGCCAUUCUGAGAAGAAAGCGUACACUGAUUGACUCACGAGGUCAUCUCUACAAAGGGACUAUCGUGUAUAAGGUGUGGGGUAAGGAUAGAGAAAGACCCGCGUGUCAUUAUGUUCUGGUCAAGAGGAAGCUUUUUGCUGACUUCUCGGUAAAACUAAAUGUUACAAUUUUAGAUGUGGAAGAUUACGGGAAAGUGCUGCACUCAGGAUGGGGAAAAGAACCCCCCGAUGACAUUGUAAAGAAGAUUCAAGAGACGUAUGUAACAUUUGCAGAUUCCGCACACGAGGAUCUAGCCCCGCUCCACCACGCAGUUCUAAAACAACACCCCGCUGUGGUGGAGAAACUUCUGGAGCUUGGGGCUGCCACAGACGUCCGCGAUGCUUAUAAACUGACGCCGCUGCAUUUGGCCUGCAUGCAAGGUAACAGAGAAAUUGUGAAACUACUGGUGGAAGCUGAGGCGGACACCAAGGCGGCAGAUGAUGAUGGCGACACCCCACUGGACGUGGCAAAACUCAACCACCAGGACCUCACUGUUGCUUUCUUGGAGAAGGCUGAGAUAGUGAAAUUCUUUAGAGAUACUAUCCAAAAGCCAUUCAAAGAAAUGGAAGAUGUACUGGUGCAUGGACUUGACAAUGACAUUACAGUUAAUGCCUUGAAGACCCAGCUUAAAGACUUAAUUAAACAGUUGACGAAGGGAGGGUUUUCCUGCUUUGCAGAACUGGGUCUAACAGAAGAAGACUCUUCCACAGUAGGGCACAUGCCGGUCAAAUAAGGGAGUGCUUUGAAACGUCCG